AUGGUUCACUGUGGUCCAUCUUGCGCUGUCCCAUCCUGUGCCUCCACCCCAGUUGUGGGUUUUGGAUCAGCAGGUCAUGGCUACAGAGGUCUUGGCUAUGGCCUUGGCUUUGGUCAUGGAGGUUUCGGCUGGGGGCAUGGAGGCUCUAUUGAAUCCUCUGGAUCCCUUGGCACCCUGAACGGUGUUAUUCCUUCAUGCAUCAACCAGCUCCCACCAGCAGAGGUCGUGAUCCAGCCACCUCCCAGUGUCCUGACCAUCCCAGGGCCCAUCCUCUCUGCUAGCUGUGAACCUGUGUCUGUUGGAGGCAACACUCCAUGUGCUGUUGGGGGUUAUGGCUAUGGGUACGGCAGAGGGCUCUUUGGGGAUGGUUAUGGUUACUUUGGAAAGAGGUCUUUGUUGGGUGGCCGUUCUGGUAUCUGUUCAUACCCCUGCUAAACCCAGAUGGAUGACCCCCUUGCAAACUCAGAAUUUGGAACUGUGAUAUCCUGGCUCAUGCCUGAGUUCAUGCACUCACAUUUCAGAAAGGCUGAGUGUGCACAUUGCUUCAGGAAAAGAAUGCAACUUGUGGAUGCUCAGCUCCCUCUGAAAAGCCUAUUCUCAUGCCUUUUCUUGCCUUCCUUUUAAAAAAAAUAUAUGUAUAUGUCCCUCUCUUUGUCUUCUUAUAUAUAAAACAGCAAGUCUGUUCUGCAAGCCUCCACUGCACUAAGCUACAAAAUCUGUCAUAUGUGGACUUAGAGUUCUUGAGUUAAAAGCUUUCCCCUUGAGUAGAAGAAGAUGUAAGCAAUUCCUUGCAAAGACAGUGCUCUGCCUGAUUGGUUUAGCCUGUGUUUAUGUGUGGUUUUCAAUGUAUCUCAUGAUUUACCAUAUCUCAUGGAUGGGAAACCUCUCUCUUGGCCCCAGGUGUUCUUGGACUCUAGCUCUCAUCCCCAGCCAGAAUAGCCAAUAGUCAAGGAUUAUGGGAGUUGUAGUCUAACAACAUUUGGCAGGGUCUACUGUAAAAGCAAACUGUCCACUCUGUUUU